AUGAAGAGAAAUGCCCUAUGGACGUUUGGCCUCGCACUUCUGAUGAUUCUUUGUGCUUGGCAAACAUCAUGUUUGUUCACUGUACCUCGGUUGACACAAAGUGCAGCAAGGCAGGCGCAGAGUGAGGCAGUCAGCACGGCAGCGACAAAAACGCUCGAUCAGCAGGGUUUCGGCUCUUUUUUCGAGCAGCAAAUCAUCGCUUGCUUCCCGGUGGGUACCAUGUGUGUGCAAAGCUUGACACUGAACCAGGACGCAAAUCAGCACAUGUCGCAAGCAUUCACGAUCCUGCAAAAUGGCGUCGGCCUCUCCAAGCCCGAGAAGUGGGGCACCUUGCAGCAGCGGGAGAUCAAACCAGAUGUGCUGGCAUUCCAUGAUAACCCCAGCCUCGGAAAAGCUCUGGCAUCGCACUUCGCCGACUCUCAAGGCAACGUACGAGACAUCGAGUUCAUGCGUCUUCCAGACGCUUGCUCACUGGUUGCAUGUGAAGUUACUGUUCAACCAGAUCUCUGUUGGAAUAAGCUUUUCCAAGCUGAGAAAAUUCUGGCUGCAGUUCAGUAUGGCGUCGACGACAACGUCGCACUUCCAACAGUCAAUGACACCUUCAUGAUGAUCAGCAUCAAUGGAGACCUUGAAGGUUUCACAAGCAUUGCACCAGCGUUUGCAAGGUUUUUGGCAAACCAGGACUCCUAA